AUGAGGUUCUUGGCCAUCUCUGCCGCUAUUGUCGGUGCGCUGACCACCACUGUGACUGCGUUUCCACACAAAAUCCGGGCUAGCAAUCCCAACGGACAGAAUGUUGUGUACUGGGGUCAAGACCAGAACGUCAAGCCUCUUUCAAACUAUUGCACAUCGUCUGCUGGAAUUGAUAUCAUUGUUUUAUCUUUUCUGUAUCAAUUCGGCAAUGGACAAACUAUCCCGUCUGGAACUAUCGGCAACCAAUGCUACAUCUCGUCAAACGGUGUCCCGCAAAACUGCGAAACCUUAGCCUCUGAUAUUGAGAUCUGCAAAUCGAACGGAAUCAAAGUGAUUUUAUCUCUCGGCGGUGCAUCGGGGGCGUAUUCUCUUUCCUCUCAAGCCGAAGCCGAAGCUAUUGGCCAGAACCUUUGGAAGGCAUACGGUGAUACCGCUGGAGAUUCGAGCGUUCCUCGACCCUUUGGCAACACCUUUGUCAACGGCUGGGACAUGGACGUUGAGACCUGGGUGGGAAACCAGUACUACCAGUAUCUUCUGGCGUCUCUGCGGUCGAACUUUGCAUCCGAUCCUUCGAACACCUACUAUAUCACUGGAGCACCUCAAUGUCCCAUUCCGGAGCCCAAUAUGCAAGUCAUUAUCACCAACGCAAAAUUCGAUUACCUUUGGGUCCAGUUCUACAAUAACCCCGAAUGUUCCAUCACUGGGAAGAUCAACUUUGAUGACUGGGUCUCGAAUGUGGCCAAUACCCCUUCGGCGGGUGCAAAGAUAUUCCUGGGCGUACCUGCAUCCCCCUUGGCUUCAACGGGCACUACCAGUGGCUCACGGUACUAUAUUGAUCCCAGCUCUCUCGCAACUCUGGUAAACCAGUACAAGAGCAGCCCUUCAUUCGGUGGUGUCAUGAUGUGGUCCGCGGGAUACUCAGACUCAAACGUCAACAAUGGGUGCACCUACGCUCAAGAGGCAAAGAGUAUUCUUACCAAGGGCACAAUUUGCUAG